AUGGCAUCAUCGAAAGUGAGCUUGAGGCUUCUCGUUGACACAAAAGGUCACAAAGUUCUCUUUGCUGAAGCUAGCAAGGAAUUUGUUGAUUUCCUCAUCUACCUUCUCUCUUUGCCCAUUGGAACAGUCAUCAAGCUUCUCACAAAGAACUCCAUGGUGGGUUGCUUGGGUACUUUCUAUGGGAGCAUUGAAAACUUGAGUGAAACAUAUCUGCAACCAAACCAGAACAAGAAAUCGCUCCUAAACCCCAAAACGUUUGCUUCUGAAGUUUCAUUUUUGUCACUCGAGGAUGUCUCACCUGUCAAGAACUUCUAUACAUGUCCCCAGUGUUACAAAAAAAUCUCCGAUGACCCAUGUGUUGUCUGUCCUAAGUGCAACGUUUGUAUCAACAGGGAGGUGACCUACGUUGCUCGGACCUUGGCCAAGGACAAGGAGUCGUCUGCUGGUGAUCAGGGAGGAUAUGUUAAAGGGGUGGUGACAUAUAUGGUGAUGGAUAACUUGGUUGUGCAACCUUUAUCAACUAUCUCUUCCAUUACUAUGCUCAACAAGUUUAAUGUUAAGGAAGUUGGUGUUCUUGAGGAGAGGGUUGUUGAUUUUGGAAUGAAAGAGGGUUUGAAGCUGCUGAUGGCAUCGUUGAAGACUAAGGGAGUCCUGACCAACAUCUACCUUUGA